GCACCAUGCUGAUAUCCAAGUCUCCAUCCGCCAAAGACUCGAUAGAGGAUUGGUACAAACACAUAAGCAAAACCAAAAGCCCCCGAAAGCUCACGAGAAUCCUCCUCUCAGACCGGCCGUUCAAAGACAAGACCAAUCUCCUCGUUGCACUGCCGGUAUCAGCAACAGAACAGAAUACUGACAUGCGAUGGCUCGAGUCUAAGUUUGAAGAUACUGGCCACGCUCAGCUUGCACAAAUUAUCAGUUAUGGGAUCUUUCCCGACGGUGCUGAAAAUUGGAGGCAGACCUGCCUUCUGGUUGUGUUUAAAGGGCCUUUAGGGCAUACAGAAAGGAUCCAGACUGGUAUCUCUGCGCAUGGCUACGCCAAGAUUAUGUUGGACGUGGUGGCUGUUGUGGACGAGAUUGUGGAUGCUGCAAAAAGCCCGACCAGGAACAACACUACUACUACUACUACUACUACUAUAUGUCACAAAUGGGAUCGAGGCCAUUGCACCAGUGCUUGUUGUGGCUGCUACAUUCGCAGUCGGGGACGCGAUGGCCGUGAUGCCAAAAAGCAAACUGAUAUGGAAGAUUUUCCAUUUGAUAUUGCUGCCUACAAAUCGCUAUAUUCAAAGCGAGUUUAUCCUUUGGCUAUACCAGUUCAUACCUAA